CUGUUUUCCAAGGCUGGAGUGUAGUAGUGCUAUCGCAGCUGACUGCAGCCUCAACCUUCCAGGCUGAAGCGAUCCUCCCAUCUCAACCUCCCACGUGGCUGAGACUACAGGUGCUUGCCACUAUGCCCAACUAAUAUUUGGAAUUUUCGUAUACGUGGAUUCCAGAGGGGUGACAGCGAAACGUGGGACCAUCCAGUUUCAGGAAAAUGAGCUUAACAUGCCCACUGAUUCUACAUUAUGCUCCUACUUCCCGGCAGCCUCUCCAGGCCCAGAACUUUCUCCAGUCAGCCUCUACAGACCAAGCUCAUGACUCACAAUGGCCUAUUUAGGCCCAUACCCCACCUCAUGGCAGUCUCCGCAGAUGAGCCUACUGCCUCACAACAGCCUCCACAGGCACAGCUCCAUCGUUACAAUGGCCUCUUUAGACCCAGCUCCUGCCUCCCAGCCUUCUCUCCAGGCCCUGAGCUUUCUCAAGUCGACCUCACCAGGCACAGCUCGUGCUUCUUUGCAGCCUCUCCAGGCCCAGCUCCUGCAUCUUGGCCCCUCCCGGCCCAGCCUCUGCCUCUUGUCGGCCUCUACAGUCCCAACAUCUACCUCACAGUAGAUUCUUCAGGCCCAGCAUCUGCCUCACUGUGGACCCCCCAAGCCAAGCUCCCAACCUUUCAGCAGCUUCUACACACCCAGCUCCCUCUGCCAGUGGCCUCUUCAGGCCCAUGGGGCUCAUUCCUCACAACAGCCUUUCCAGGGCCAGUUUUUCCCUUCUGGCAGCCUCUCUGGGCUGAGAACCUCCUCAAGUUGGCCUCUCCAGACCACUUGCACCCUCCGGGCGUCCUCUCCGGGCCAAGCUCCUCUUCCUGGCUGUGUCUCCAGGCCCGACUCCUGCCUCUCAACAACCUCUUUGGACUCAGUGCCUACUCAUCUCCUGGUGUCCUUGGUUGGCCCACAGCUUCCUCAAGCCAAGCUCCCCAGGCCCAGGUCAGGCCUCACGGUGGCCUCUCCAGGAUGAGCUCCUGCACUCCGAUGGCACCUGCAGGCCCCAAAUGGUCUCCGGUCGGUGGGCUUCUCCACGCCAAGCUUGGGCCUCCCGGCGACCUCUGCAGGCCCAAGUUGUCCUGAAGUCGGCAUCUCCCGGCCGUGCCUCCCAGCAAGUAAGCAAGCUCUUUUGGCUCAACUCCUGCCCAGCUCCCAACCGCCUUUGUAGGUCCCGAACUUUCUCCAGCCAAGUACUUCGGGCCUAAUUCCUGCCGCCUGGUGGCCUGUACGGGCCCAGCAAUGGUUGGAGAGUGGCCUCUGCAGGUCCCGCUCUUGCCUCCCAGGGGCCUCUCCAGGCCCAGCUCUUGCCCCCACGGCGGCCUCCCGGGGCCAAGUCCCUGCCUGCCUCCCAGCAGCCUGCGUGCGGCCCAGCUCCUCCCUCACGGUGGCCUGUUGAUGCCCAUGCCUCUGGUACCCUGCCCAGAGGCAUGAGCUCCUGCCACACACUGGCUCCUCCCA